ACUGUGCUGUUUGUUUACAAAACAUUGUUCGUUUAUAAGAUUUUUUACAAAAAAAUACAAAUUCGUACGUAUUAAUAAAAUUCCUUCAUAAAAAUGAGUUCCACGGAUUACCUUCGACUAGCCGAACAUAAAAUAUUCAAGGAAGCGUGCGAAAUUCUCCCGAAAUCCGUCAAUAAACCGCUGAACUUGAUCGCUGUGCGGGACUCGGUUUUAUUUACGUGGGACUUCGCUAAUAAUUGUGUUUUGUCGUUAAAUGUUAAGGCGGCCAGAAGUAAACAGGGGGAUAAUGUAAUUCAUCAGAAAUUACUUCCUCUACGCCCGCCACUAUUUACACCGGAAUUUUUGGUGAUCAAUGAAUCCGGAACCCUGUUGGCCGUAGCUGGAUCCAAUGGCGUUUUGGUUCUUCAGAUACCUCCCAGAUGUCCUCCUUAUGGAGCUUUUGAUAACAAUAAAGAGCUCGUGUAUUGCAGGAGCUACAGUUUGGACGAGCACUUGCUCGCCACCAGCGAUGUGGUGCAGGUUCGACAAGUGAAAUUUCACCCUGGGAGUGUCAGCGAUUCGCAUAUUUUAGUUUUAACGUCCGAUAAUAUGUUAAGGCUUUACCAAAUAGAAAAAAACGAAGCGAUCGACAUCAACAAAUUCCUAAUAGGAGAAAAACCGGGUGGAGUAUUUCCCGGAAGCAAAACCUCCUUCUUGGACAUGUACGGGGAAAUCGCUGUUGACUUCGACUUUGGUUUUCCAGAUAUAGUGCAAGAAAAACCCAUUUGGAAAGCCAUGGAAGAGCUGGGCAUCAGUAAAACCACAACUGGCUCUCAUCAAAACAUCAUACAAGUCAAAUCCAGACUUAAAGUGGUUCCAUCCAGUCCAAUUGAGCAAGAAAAGAAUAAGAAGAAUGGCAAAGAGGAAGAAGAGUUGGUGUGGCCAGUGUAUAUUUUAAGGGGGGAUUUUUCAGUUCUCUGCAUCAAUAUUGAUUUAAAUAAGCGUUAUAAACCAGUUGUUAAAUGUGUCUCCUCAGCGAAGCAGGAAUCUGGUGGUAAUGACGCUUGCUCUAUCAUCUGCUUAAAAACCACCCCUCAGAUCGUCUGUAUUGCCAGUGCAACGGGGUUGUUAACAAAUAGCGUUCUUCUUGAUGUAGAUAAAGAAGAACAAGAGAAGCUUAAAAAAUCGUCAGUUUCUUACACAAACAUACCGGAUAAGGAGCUGAUAGUCUUCGAAACAAUCGAAUUGGAAUUGGGCCUGGCACUAACCGAAGAUGAAGAAUCUGAAAAGUAUAAAUGCCCGAUUUUUCUACAUAGAGACGAGUCCAGAGUUUCCAGGUUUUUUGCUACGCACAGCGCCGGUGUGCAUACUAUUAGUAUUAACUGUGCCGAUGAGCUGCAUGAUUAUGUAUUUGGACCUGCAGAUACUGAUCCUACCUCAGAUAUAUUCAUAAAUCCCAGCUCAGCAGAGUAUCUGGUGUGCACCAAAACCACCAGCAGCACCAAAUCCAACCCCGUUAUGGGAUUUUCUUUAUACUACGAGCCCACAUCCAUAAUUACCCUCUUGGGGGAUGGCAGUGUCGUCACUUUAGGCAUUCUGGCUGCCCCGAUCGCUAAAAAAGACAAUCUGUUAGGACUGCACGGAGGAGAUGGAGAAAACGUACAAUCGCCUCUUAAAAAGAUGCUGAAUGAACCUUUUGAUCAGUACAUCCAGCAUAUUUUAAAAAAGGGGGCGAGCGGUCCUUUAUUGAAACUAUCGUCGACCACCAAUAACACUCCUGAGGAAACUUAUGACCUUUUACAAAGGGCCGCCCAAACUUUCAGGGAAGAACAUUUCCAAAAAUUCACCAAAGCCAGAGAAGAGUUGGAGAAGCGCGUAAACACCCUCAGCCUACUAAAGAGAGCCCAAAAGGAGGAACUUGAUAAACUCAACUCUUGUAAAGAGGAAUUGCGAGAAAAAGCGGAACAUUUAGCAGAAAAAUACGAAGAUAUCAAGGAUAAACAAGACGAAUUAAUUAAAAAAUGCGAGGAGUUGGUGAUGUUGGUGGCCAGAAAGAAGAGCGAACCGUCCGAUGCCGAGAAGAAGUUUAUGAAGGAGAUGCAGGUGUAUAGUGAGAAAUGCGUGUCUUAUCAGCUUGCUAUCGAUAAACUGAAAUCGAAGCAUAAAUAUCAGGAAAUUAAGAUCGCAAACUGGAAAUCUCAGGAGACCAAGAAGGUGCACACCAUCAGUGAAAUACAGGCAAACACCAUCAAAAGUAGCCUGGUGGAUUCGACUAAAAAAAUCAACGACAUGAUUAAGCAAGUUAACGAGUACAAGGCCCUCCUCUGUUUGAAGUAGUUUUUAAAAAACCAUUUUUGUUCGUUUAUUUUUGUACCUUUUUGUGUCAAUAAAACCAGAAAUUUGUCAA